CCUGCCGUUAUACUUGCUGCUGCUCGCACAAAAGAGCAGCGACGUCGACAGCGGCUUGCCGGCAGCGGGGGUUGCAUACACGGCCGCCGCUCUUUAAAACCAGCUGCGCUCGGCUCGAGAACUACAUUUGUUUUCUGUUCGUCGUCGUGUCAACAUCUGCGCCUCGAGCUGCUCUCCCUCUCUCUGCCACUCGUACGGUAGUGCAGUAAACUUGUGUGUGUGUUUGUGUUAAAACGAUUGGGAUAUAAAAUAUUAAUACAAAACGCAGCACACAAAGAACUCACAAAGUACGUGAAACUACAAACAAAUGCAACAAUGUUUAAACGGACACAAUAAUGCAAAACUCCAAAAAAGAAAUAUGCAACAACAAAUGCAAUAUUAGUUUUUAACAAAUACGGUUUACAAAUGCAACAACAACAAAAAACUCAACGAAGGACUACAAAGUGCAAAGCCGCAACUAACGAAAACGAAACGAACUAAUAAACUAACUGUAAAUGUGCCAGCAAAAGAAACGUGCGAAAAUUGUGUUUUAGCAAUUUUCAGAAGAAGAAAAAAAAACGCUAAAAAUUCACGCGUUGGAAAUCUACAAUCAAAAUAGCUAAAUCAUUUUUACAUCUUCUGCAAACAAAUAAAUUCAAUAAUACAAAAUGCUGUGGGAAACAAUUGCCGAAGAGAACAACUGCACGAUGGAUUGCAAUAUCAGCAAUUUAAACAAAAACAGCUCCAGUCGCCGCGUUCGCCGUGCGCUGACCAACAACAGCAACAACAACAACAGCAACAGCAACAACAUGCUGAUGCCCAUGGAUGCUGAGGAGGAGCUUUCGUUCUAUGACGAUGACGUGCACGCUUUGCCGUUGCCGUCGCAGCGUUCGGUUAGUCCGGCGCUGCUCGGUCUGCUCUCGCCGGAGGGUUCGCCGCAGCGUUUUCAAAUUGUGCGCCAGCCCAAGCUGCCGCAGCAGCAGUUGGCGCCAGCAGCGGCGGCGGCGGCGGCAGCGAGCAGCGCUGCAACGCCUGCGCGCAGCUUUCGCAUAUUCAACAGCCUCUCCUCGACGGGCUCCAUGGAGUCCUCCUCCAUGGACGAUGAGUACAUGGAGCUCUUCGAAAUGGAAUCCUUUGCUGGCAUACAGCAGGCACCGCCAGCGCUUGCCAUGCCCAGCGGGCUAAAUUCGCUGAUUAGCGGUCAAAUCAAGGUGACGCCCAAAUCCCCGGAAGCGUUGAGCAUCAUGAUGCGACGUCCCUCGGUGCGCCGCUGCCUCAGCAUGACAGAGACGAAUAGCAAUCAGCUAUUAAUACAACAACACCAACAACAGCAACCAAAGACGCCAGAGACUGCCAGGGACUGCUUCAAGCGUCCCGAACCGCCCGCAUCGGCCAGCUGCUCGCCCAUCCAAAGCAAGCGUCACCGUUGCGUCGAGAAGGAGAACUGCCCCAAUCCAGCCGCCAUCAAUCCGCCCGCUAGCAGCACCAGCAACAUUGGCCACGCCCAUGCGCCGCCCUUGCGCAAAUGUAUGUCGCUAAAUGAUGCAGAGAUCAUGUCCGCCCUGGCGCGCUCCGAGAAUCGCAAUGAGCCGCAACUGAUUGGGGAUUUCAGCAAAGCGUAUGCCCUGCCCCUGAUGGAGGGACGGCAUCGGGAUCUCAAGUCGAUCUCUAGCGAAACGGUGGCCCAGCUGCUUAACGGUGAUUUUGAGGAUCAGGUGGCCAGCUACCGGAUCAUCGACUGCCGCUAUCCGUACGAGUUUGAGGGCGGCCAUAUACGCGGUGCCAAGAAUCUCUAUACCCACGAGCAGAUCCUCGAGGAGUUUCUCAGCGCCGCACAGACUGAGCUGCAGCAGCAGCAAACUGCCGUUGCCGGCAACAAGCGUCACAUAAUCAUCUUUCAUUGUGAAUUCUCCUCGGAGCGUGGCCCAAAAAUGUCGCGUUUCUUACGCAAUCUGGAUCGGGAGCGCAAUACGCAUGCGUAUCCGGCGCUCCAUUAUCCGGAAAUCUAUUUACUGCACAAUGGCUACAAAGAGUUCUACGAAACGCAGCCGGAACUCUGCCAGCCGAAUGCGUAUCGGCCCAUGCUGGAGCCGGCCUAUAAUGAGGCCUAUCGCCAUUUUCGUGCCAAAUCCAAGUCCUGGAAUGGCGACGGUUGCGGCGGCGCCGGCACGGGCCGCAUCAAGAAGUCCCGUUCGCGGCUCAUGCUGUAAAUUCUCUGAAAUUCGCGGGAGGGUGGCAACGCCAAAAAAAAAAAAAAAACAAAAAACAACCUUUAUUUGUACAUAGAAAAAACAAAAACAAAAGCUGGGUAUUUAUUUCAUUUUAAUGAGAAAAUUUUAAGUUGAUUUUGUUGAUUUUCGUUUGUUAAUUUUAGUAGCCCCUAAGACUUAAUUAUAAUACACACACACACACACACACACUUACACUCACCCCUACACACACACACACACACACACACACAUUCACAUGUACAUUUAAAACUGUAACAUUUUGUUCCCUUGACUCAUUCUUUAAGUUCGUUUUUCUUUGAUCGAUUUUUGUUUAAUUGUUUUAUGUAAAAAUUCUCGAUUUAGUUCAAUUUAUUAGAGCUUUAGUUUGAAUUUUUUAACGUAACAAAAAUGUGCAUUAUAAUCUAAAAUGAGAAUUAAAUGUCAUACAAAUUUAAGCGGCCCCCCUCCGUAGACCCCGCGCCCGCACUAGUUCGUAAGCUCAAAACAGAAAAUGGCUAAAACACACACACACACACACACAAUCAUCAUACACACACACAAACAGACACACACACAUACAUUAAUAUCUUAAUUAUUUUAAGCAUAAGAGUUGAAAGUUGAAAACUUGUGUUAGGUACAAUUUACGCUUAUUAUUUGUUUAUUUUUAUGUAAAACAAAGCCCUUCGCCCACCCUUAACCCCUUGACCCCACAAAAGAAA